CGACGGGCGCCGCUCCGGGCUGGAGCCGCGGCGUGGAGCUUAGUCGAGUGUGGCGCAUCUGUGGGGCGCUUCCCGCUCGGUGCGCGUGGGGCGUGGGUCCCGGAAGGUUGCAUGAUGGAAUGUGAACAUUACCUCGAGAGGUUUUAUGUUUUGGAUUAGCUAAUAGUGUUUGUCCUCUGCUGACUGUUCCUUCGGACUCACUUUUUGGUGUCCUUUUGAGGCAAUAAACCAAAAGGGAUUAUACCAUGGACUACAAGGAAAGCUGCCCAAGUGUAAGCAUCCCCAGCUCUGAUGAACACAGAGAGAAAAAGAAGCGGUUUACUGUUUAUAAAGUUUUGGUCUCAGUGGGCAGGAGUGAGUGGUUUGUCUUCAGGAGAUAUGCAGAGUUUGAUAAGCUUUACAAUACUUUAAGGAAACAGUUUCCUGCUAUGGCCCUGAAGAUUCCUGCCAAGAGAAUAUUUGGUGAUAAUUUUGAUCCAGAUUUUAUUAAACAAAGAAGAGCAGGACUGAAUGAAUUCAUUCAGAACUUAGUUAGGCAUCCAGAGCUUUACAACCAUCCAGAUGUCAGAGCAUUCCUUCAAAUGGACAGUCCAAAACAUCAGUCAGAUCCAUCUGAAGAUGAGGAUGAAAGAAGUACUCAGAAGCUACACUCUACCUCACAGAACAUCAACCUGGGACCAUCUGGAAAUCCUCAUGCCAAACCAACAGACUUUGAUUUCUUAAAAGUUAUUGGAAAAGGCAGCUUUGGCAAGGUUCUUCUUGCAAAACGGAAACUAGAUGGAAAAUUUUAUGCUGUCAAAGUGUUGCAGAAAAAAAUAGUUCUCAACAGAAAAGAGCAAAAACACAUUAUGGCUGAACGUAAUGUGCUCUUGAAAAAUGUGAAACAUCCCUUUUUGGUUGGAUUACAUUAUUCUUUCCAAACAACUGAAAAGCUUUAUUUUGUCCUGGAUUUCGUUAAUGGAGGGGAGCUGUUUUUUCACUUACAAAGAGAACGGUCCUUUCCUGAACACAGAGCUCGGUUUUAUGCUGCUGAAAUCGCCAGUGCUUUGGGUUACCUGCACUCCAUCAAAAUCGUGUACAGAGACUUGAAACCAGAAAAUAUUCUUUUGGAUUCAGUGGGACAUGUUGUCUUAACAGAUUUUGGGCUUUGUAAAGAAGGAAUUGCUAUUUCUGACACCACAACCACAUUUUGUGGGACACCAGAGUACCUUGCACCUGAAGUAAUCAGAAAACAGCCCUAUGACAAUACUGUAGAUUGGUGGUGCCUUGGUGCUGUUCUGUAUGAAAUGCUGUAUGGAUUGCCUCCUUUUUAUUGUCGAGAUGUUGCUGAGAUGUAUGACAAUAUUCUUCAUAAGCCCCUAAACUUGAGGCCAGGAGUGAGCCUCACAGCCUGGUCCAUUCUGGAAGAACUGCUAGAGAAAGACAGGCAAAAUCGACUCGGUGCCAAAGAAGACUUUCUUGAAAUUCAGAAUCAUCCUUUUUUUGAAUCGCUCAGCUGGACUGAUCUUGUACAAAAGAAGAUUCCACCACCGUUUAAUCCUAAUGUGGCAGGACCAGAUGAUAUCAGGAACUUUGAUGCCACGUUUACAGAAGAAACAGUUCCAUAUUCCGUGUGUGUGUCUUCUGACUAUUCCAUAGUGAACGCCAGUGUCCUGGAAGCAGAUGAUGCAUUUGUUGGUUUCUCUUAUGCACCUCCUUCGGAAGAUUUAUUUUUGUGAACAGUUUGCCAUCCUGAAACCAUUGAGCAAAGAUAAGCCUAUGGAUGAGAUGGAAACAACUGUUUGUGUGAAUAUAUUCAAAUGUUUUAACUAGUGCCUCAUUUUUACAUGUAAUGUUAAAAACUAUGAAAAAUGUAUUUUCUGCUGUAUGCAAGAAAAUAGGGCAUUUCAGAGAGCUAAGUUUUGAAUUCAGAUUUGUAUUCUUGUUUAUUAAGCUUAUUUUUAAACAGAAAUUUUAAAAGCUAUUGUUCUUAGCAUUAACCUAUUUUUAAAGAAAACUUUUUUGCUAAUGACUGUUUUUUUUCCCUCUAUGUUUACACUAACAUCUACCCAAGAUAGACUGUUUUUCAACAGUCUAUUUCAAUUCACUUAACAUAUAUUAAUGCCUUUGUAGCUCUCUACCUUGACCUUUGUCCUCAGAUCACAACUAUGCAAUUGGUACAUGGUUGUUUAAGAAGAAACCAUUAUCUUUCCAUAAUGAAUCACUGUUUGACAUAAUCAUUUCUUGGUAGGACUAAAAUGUAAAAGCAUACUUAAUUCAUUGGCUGCUAGCUAACACUUUGAAUAACCAUUUGUUCUGCAGAUCAAAUUAAGAAGUAACAAAAGGAAAUCCUAUGCUUUUGAAAUCCCAGUUCAAAUUUGUGAAUUAUUUUUCCUCUGGAGGAAAGGUAAAAGUUAGAAAUUUUAAGUAUUCCCAAAGAUCUGAAGGGAAAUAAAGUACUGCUGAAUUUUUUUUUUUUUUAGGUGGUGCCAGAAUUGAAUGUCUCCAUGUCAUUUAUUUAUAUUACCAAUACAUUCUAUUUAUGUUCUUUUUGGUCCUUUGAAUAUUUAAUAUAUUGUUAAGUAGGUCUAAAUCUUGGUAUUUGCAUUUGCAAAAAGCUAUUCAAAACUGUCUUCCUAAUUGGUUGAUAAGUAAAAAAUAUUGAGCUGUCUAGAGUAUUUAGCUAAUUGGGAAUUAAAAAGUAGAAUAGCAAAUUAUGAGUCAGUAUAAAGGUUUACAGUUUCACUACAAUGUAACAAAAGUUAAAAAUAAUUUAGGCAGAUGCAUAGUCACUAUCUUAUGCAUCUUAGAAAAAGUACAGGAAACUGACCUUAAAGUCAUACUUAAAAGCCAACUAACUUAUGUACUUAUAAUUGUAGAAGAUAAAUAUUAUAGAAAAACUAAAAAUAAUGCUUACCUUGGAAUUCUCAGUCUUAGUUUAGAGAUUUUUCAAGUCAUAUAGGAAAGAGUGAAGGAGUUUAAUGAUGCAGUCUUGUCUUCAUGCUUCAAGAAUUCGCAUCUUUCCAUGUAUUUUCUCUUGAGAAAGAAAUUACAAAAACAUUUCACACCAGUAUCCUUUAGCUUAAAAUUGUUCUGCAGAAAGGGGAAAGGAGUGUACUUUUAUUAGAUUAAUAAUAUUUGCAUCCAAUACACUGAAUCUUCCUUUAGAGGUAAGACUUUAACAGUGACACUGUAAAUACUUGGUUUGUUUGGCACUACUGUAAGUUCUGCUUUUACACAAAGUUUUAUGCUUAUAAAGCAAAAUAAAAACUGUAGUUUCUUGUAUGAUUUUUUUAUAUAACUCAUCCACUCCUUAAACUGCCAAAAAUUAAAGUGCAAUAUUGUAUAUUUUUAAGAACUAAUUUUAAAAAGAAUGUUGAUGUUUCUUGGAUUGCAAGAAAUACAGAUCUUGUACAGUAUAAUAAAAAUUAGCAAAAAGAUUAA